AUGCCCAUGUCUCCCGCGUCACGCCGCAAUCACCUACCCCAUCCAAGCCGGGCCCUGUGCGGGUCCAAAGCCCGAGCCGCACACGACGCCCUUCUCCCCGGCGACCGAGAAGCCCCGAGGGGGCAAGACCCACGGCCAGCCCGGCCCUUUAGCUCAACACUAUCCUCCCCACUCCACUCCACCGUUGUACCGAAGCUUGUGACACCGGAUAUAACCUCGCCAGCGGCCAAGGGAGAUACCGAGGCAAGGCCACAAACCCCGCCGUCCUCCGCCGGGCCCUCCGCCGGGCCCUCCCCCGUAACCAUCUUCGUCCCGGCCGCCGAUGUGACGAUGAACCUUCCCUGGCAGGUCUUCAAGUUCAUGGAGGCGGAGAGCUACGCUCGAAUCCUCCGCCUCCCCGUGUCGACCGGGAUGGGCUUCGCGAAACUUCACCUCCAGACAGAAGAAGGCGGCGGGCGGGCCGAGCCGUUGCUAGACCUCGCCGACCCCCCCGUCCGCGUCCAGACGUGCACCUUCCACACGUCGAGGACCCUCGGCGUGUCAGUCCUCGACAUGCCAAAGCCUGACCACCAGGAGGCCGUCGUCAUCAAGACGAGCCCACGUCGCCGCACUCCACGUCCGCCAGUGGAAGCUUCACGCCAAACAAGGGCGCCGCCCACCACCCAGGACCCACCUACCCAGGCCGAUAUAGCUGAUGCCUUCUCCCAUCCGCCCGCCCCCACCACCACCACAUCCUACCUCACCGGCGUCUACGGUGAGGCGGGGUUCGCCGGCGACAGCUGGCUGACCAACCCCGCCCUGAUCAGCGAUUCCAAAGACGGGGCGGCCACGCUCGUCAACUCCCCGGCGGCGUUCAGCUGUCCCGGCAUGUACCUGCAGCGAUCAUCCUCCGCCACGAUCGACAUUGUCUUCCGCGGGGGGCCCAAGGUCUGGCUCGUCGUCAAGCCCGCGUCCAGCCGCAAGCUUGAGGACUGCGUGAGGGCCAUCCUCUCCAGGCCGUCACGGGGGAAACGACCGGACGAGCACCAACAACCCGGGCGUGGGAACCCCAUCAUGCCUUGCUCGCAGUUCUUCCUCCACGACAAGAUCUUCGUCACCAGAGCCGUGCUCGACCAGUGGGGUGUGACCUACUGUGUUUUCCGCUGCGUCGAAGGAGAUGUCGCUGUCGUGCCCCCCGGCACCUACUUCCAGGUGUUUAACUCCGGACCCUGCCUAUCGCAGGUCGUCACUAUCCCGGCCCCUGCGGCGGACGCAAGCAGCCCAUAUGCGGGCGACCUCCGUGCCUGCGGCGAUACCUGCGAGACCCUCCAUCCGCCCGGGGGCGCGUGUGCAGACGACUCGGCAGCCGCCGUUCAUGACGACGCCUCCUCUCACCACAACCCUGCCGCGGGUCCCGGCCGGAAGAAGCUGCCCGAGAGCCGGCCUCAAGACCGCGGGGACGUCCUGGGCGGUCCCCAAUCGACCGCGGGGGGGUUGGAUAAUCCUCCCGCAAGGCGCGGCCGCCGGAAAGCCAUCCCUCCUUCCCCGCCGCCUUCCGGUGACGAGGUCGGGGAUGGACCCACACCCGACGGGGGGCCGGCCCCACCAUCGCCGCAACCCCGCGCCGGGCGUCGGCCUGGUGGUGGCGGUGGCAUGAGCGACGUGGCGUUGACGCUACCGCGCGAAGCACGUCCAAACGAGAAGACGUCGUCAGCCAAACGAUCCAGGACCACCGACCCCCCCGACGACGACGACGACGACGACGACGACGACGACGACGACAACACAUCAGCCGAUACCUGCCAAGCCCAUGCUGCAGCCCAGCAUGCCAGUAAGCGGAUGUGCCCGAUAUAUAACCCAAUCCUCGUCACACCGCAGACGGUCACACGCCUUUGGGAGCCACCCGCCGCGCCGCGAGACGAGCCCCGCGACAACGACGACAACGCCAGGGAUAUCAGUACUAGCGAUACGGAUGAUGUACACGAUACGGACGAUACUGACGAUGCGGACCAUGGGGACGAGGAGGACACCGACAGCGAAGUGUCCCGUAAUACCACCCUGGGCAGUCUUGGAGAGAGGUCCGAGACAUGCACCCGGGACGGCCCCGAUAAUCACAAGCCCCCCUCCGGCGAGGAGGCCAAUCAGCAUCCGUCCGAGCCAGCCCUGGCCGUGGACAGGGUUGAGGCCAUCUUGAACUCCCUCGUCACCCGUGGCGUCGAACAGUGCGUGGCCCUGUUGCAAGCCUGGCGCGCCGCCGCGACGAGCUCGACGCUCCACCUCCCUCCGUGCGAGAACCGCGUCAUUCUCUACCGCAACACCCAGCAGGCCAAGUGCCACGAGGCCCUCGCCAGGUACCGGACGAGGCUCGCCCACAUCCAGCUGAGCAGGCGCCUCAAGAUGCCUGGGCCCGACAGCGCCGCCGUGUACCGGAGCCGCAGCGACAUCCACAGCCUCACCUGCGAGGUGCUCGGCGUCGACCCCUCCUCCGCGGAUACCAAGUCGAGGGCGUUUUGUCUGCAAAGGGCCGACAUCAGCCGUUGCCUCUACACCGGCCGCAUCUUGGACAUGGUCUCUGGCGACGGUCUGGAUUUCCUCCCCGUCCUCCCCGCCGGAAAGCUCGGCCUCACCCUGUCAGACUCGCAGGGCCUGGCUCGCCGGCUUGUCAGCCUCGCCUCCGAGGAGGCGGGUGGGGAUGGGGACAACGCCGUCAGGCGGCUGGCCGCCUUCGGCCGGCUGUUCGCGAGAGUCGUCCAAGGCGAACAGGCGGAUCCCCUGUUCGGGCUCGACGUCGAGUCCGUCGCCCGCCUGGCAUUGGCAGCAGAGGCCCCCCAGCCGCCAAGACCCAUGUCCGGCCCCGAGCGCCUCGCCACCCACGCAUGGGGACUGGCAGACAAGCUCUCGGCGUCCAUCAGCAGGCCUGGGCCAGACGGUCUCAGCCUCCUCAGCCUCCUCCGCGUGGACGGCUGCGCCAUCUGCACCCACCGGAGCGGCCCCGGCCCGGAGCGCGAAUGUUCCUUCCGACAGCAUUGUGAGCUUCCCCACCCCUUCGUCCGUAUCUCCUAUACCAGAACUUCGACGGCGAUGACGCCGCGGCUGCAGGCCGUCCGUCACCCUGAUGUUCCCGUGCUGGGUCAUACGGGAAGCGCCUCUUCCCCCGACACCAACCCUGACGAUAUUGGUAUCACGGCGGGGGACAUCGUAAGCGUCGUCCCCGGCGAGCUUGUGCUAGAUAGCUCCUCCGCUGCCCCCGAGCCCACGGCUACCCUUCGCUGGCGUGAUAUCGGAGACGAGGUACGGGUGGCGCCCGGCGUGGCCCUUCGCAUCGACAAGACCAACCCCUUCCUACGGAUGCUGCUGGCGCCGCCCACCGGUUCCCGGCCAUCCGAGCUGGAAGCCAAGUUCUUAGCUGUUGGUGGCGUAAAUCUGCUAGUCCUUGUUGCGGUGUCUCAUGUGAAAAAUGGCGACAUGCUCUGUCUUAGAUGA